AUUGUCGCAACUCGCACUGCUGCAGUUGCAAAUAAUUUGGCUACAUUCUCAUUGAAUAAUUUUAUGAAAUAAAAUUGUAUUAUAAUUUUAGUAGUUUUUGUAAUAAAUCCAAAACGAACUUGAUGACAUUUUGUUAGUGUCUUCGGUCUUACACAGUGCAGAGGAAAAUAUGGAUGAUACAGUAAUUUCGCCAGGGCAUAAGAUGGGUGAUUCGGCCUCGGAGAGCGAUUCGAGUUCUCUCGACGGCGGAGCUAUGUUACCUCCCAGCACUGUUACACGAGACCAACUUCAAAAAAGAAUUGAGUCACUACAGCAACAAAAUAGAGUAUUGAAGGUUGAACUUGAUACAUACAAGUUAAGAGUAAAAGCACUUCAAGAAGAAAACCGAGCCUUAAGACAGGCUUCAGUGUCAAUACAAGCUAAAGCAGAGCAAGAAGAGGAGUAUAUAUCUAACACUCUAUUGAAAAAAAUUCAAGCCUUAAAAAAGGAAAAGGAGACCCUUGCUCAUCAUUAUGAAAGAGAGGAAGAAUGCCUUACAAAUGAUCUUUCUAGGAAAUUAAAUCAGUUGCGACAAGAAAAGUGCAGAUUAGAGCAAACAUUGGAACAGGAACAAGAAUGUUUGGUCAACAAAUUAAUGAGGAAGAUAGAGAAACUCGAAGCAGAGACACUUGCAAAGCAAACUAAUUUAGAAAGGCUAAGGAGAGAAAAGGUUGAAUUGGAAAAUACUUUAGAACAGGAGCAGGAAGCCCUUGUGAAUAGAUUAUGGAAGAGGAUGGAUAAGCUUGAAGCAGAAAAACGUUCCUUACAAAUAAGACUGGACCAACCCGUCUCGGACCCAGCAAGUCCCAGGGACAUUAGUAAUGGAGAUACAGCGUCAAAUCUUAGUAAUCAUAUUCAGACAUUGAGGUCGGAAGUGGUCAAAUUAAGAAACCAAUUGGCGGUAUCUCAAAAUGAAAAUAAAGAGAAAAUGCAACGCUUUGCUUUAGAAGAGAAACAUAUUCGUGAAGAAAAUAUUCGCUUGCAUCGAAAACUGCAACAAGAGGUGGAGAGACGCGAAGCGCUGUGUAGGCAUCUAUCGGAAAGUGAGUCUUCGCUGGAAAUGGAAGAAGAGAGGCAGUUUAACGAGGCUUUUAAUGCGCGAUCACGCAGUGUGUCAUCCCCGGGUGGGUCGCGGCCACUGUCGCCAUACGCCACGCCCUUAAUGCCCACAGGGCUACCUCUAUCUCGACCAGUAUUGCAUUUCAAUUCGCAGCAAGGCCGUCGGCCAAGCGAGCGGUUCGUGAAGCCGGCCGUCCCGGGGGCGAUCGGUUUGCCCCGGGGGCCAUUUGAAGCCCCCGCCCCGGCCCCGGCCCCACUAUCCCCGGCUCUGUCCCCGGCGAUGCCUCAACCAGCUAGCCCCAUGGACACAUCCUCUAAGGACUGAAUGACCACUAAUAACCCCUAGUAUGAGAUUUUGUUAUGUUUAUUACCAUCGUGUAUCGCCCGUUUAAUUUCACUCGUUUUGAGCAGUCAAUUGUCAAAUUUAAAUGACGUUUGACAGGUAUGUUUUUGAAUACGUUUUUUAUUCUGGACCCCAAUUUAUUCGAUAAUAUAGGAUUAUGCCAAUUUUGUUUAUCACAUACAAUUGUAUACAUUUUUGUUCCGAUAUUUCCUUUACAUGUUUAGGAGUUGACUAUAGGUUAAAUGUCAUUGAAAAAUGGCUCACGGUAUCUUUAUUUUGGAUUAAUAUUGAAAAGCCCACUUCUUUACUUAAUCAUACUAAAAUAAAUUAAAAUUGGAAUAUUGACGCGUAAUUAUGGAAAAAAUUUUUUUAAUUAAUAAUAAUAAUAGUCUGUGGGUAUAUAAAAAGUUUGUAUUUAUUCGCUGACGUUAAUAAUAAGAUUUGCUGGUUAUUCUGCCAGACAUUGAUACUAUCCAAUUUCGUUUGGAUUAAAGUUAAACUAUUUAAUUUAACUAACAGAUUUGGGGUCCAAGUUAGAAAUGUUUUAUCAGUUAACAAUCGAAUAAAUUUUGCUAAUGUGUCAAAUUUAUUGUCAAAGUCAUUUUUGAUCUGUCAAAAAUUACGAAAUUAAAUUCGCUUAUUCAUUAAACUGUCUCUUUUCAUCACAACGUAAAUUCAAUUUGUAAGAACGAGACGAAAGUGCUUCAGUGAAAUAUUAACAAGACGGGAUAUUGGUGUUGAAUGAUUUGACGAAUAAUUUUGAUAAUAAUUAAUAUUUAUUUUGGGGAAAAUAUUAUGUUUUGAUCAUUCUAGGGGUGGGAUGCCUUUCGCGGCAGGCUUGUAGAUUGUGAUUUAAUGGAAAUACAAUGCGCGCCUAAACUUAGCUUUUUCCUAUUCAGAAAUUAUUUAAAAAAAAAAUAAUCUUGGUUACCAUGGUAACAAAUAUUUUUAGUUCAUUCAUUUAUUUUCGUUAACAUAGUGAUUAAUUUCUGCACAUAUACAGGGUUUUAUAGAAUCGACUUCUAUGUUGUACAGCGACUGCGAUUAACACCCGAGUUCAAUAUUCAUAAACCAAUAGUUGCUACUAGUCGUAUAAUUCCUUAUUAUACUAGUUUUUAAUUGUAGAAGGCGCUGAGGCUAGACGGUCUUAUCUUCUUUUCACCUCAAUUAAAUUCUCUUCCCUCGUCACUUUCCAUACAACGUAAAUUUAUUAGGUAUUGAUCUAAUCAAAUAAAAGUCGCGCAUUGUACUUUCAGUUGGUACUUUCUAAUAAAUCAAGGAUUUGUAAAGAUUUAAAAGUUAAAAUAAUUCUGAUAUUAAAGAUACAUUAUUUGUUUCGUUGUCAUACUCUGUGAAAAGGCGUUGAUAGUCUGUACCUCUUAAUGGCGACUGUGGUCCUUAAUGUUGAGUUUUUGUUCCGUAUACACAGACUAUAAUGUAUAGGGGAUGCAAUUACAGGCUGAUACUUUAGCAGUCACAGACUGUCUAUCAUACUUUAGAAGUCAUUUUGAGAGAACUAUAUGGAAAUUAAAGUAAAUUUAUUGUAUUUUUAGUUAUUUUGUUCCAAUUUAAGUCGCUAUUAGAAUUUAUAGACCAGCGCUUUGGUUCUGAAGAAAUUAAAAUUAUUUGUGAGCUCGUUUGUACAACGAACACGUGUGCGUUAAAAAAAUGGAAUUAUUUUGACUUUUAAAUAGUAAUUCAGGGUCGUUUUAUUUAUUGUUUUUUUUUUGUUCUAACAUUUUUAUAUUAUGUUUUCACGUUGGAAUUGAGUAUGCUCUGGCGGAGCACAAACAUAGUUUUUAAUAUUGUAUGCGGGCUUUCAUUUUGAUCAUGACAUUUUAACUGUGGUUGUUUUUCGAGUUCUAUAAAUCCAACCGUAAUUGUUACGGGUCGUAUAUAUAACGCCUCGUUUUUAAAACAAUGAUAACGUUAUAUCCAGGGGUUCUUUCGAAGGAAUAGUAAAUGUUUCGGAUUGGUAAUCACAAGACAAACCUUCUAGGGAUUUAUGGUUUCAAAUUCUUCUAGGGAUCUAUGGUUACAGUUAACAUUUUUUUAGCAUUCUCGUUGUAUUGUUAACAUGUUUAAGAUGUUUUGAUCAAAUCUUCUAACAUACUCGCGGUUGGUCUAUCAGCUUACGGCUUAAUAGAUGUAAUUAUUUUAUUGUAUGCGGCUAUAAGGCGACAUAUAAUUGUGCACAUUUUGCGUCCUCGUGUAUAAUACGUGCACAUCGCUCACUGCCUUUUAGAUUAUGUACGAUCCUUUGUGGAUAUUGUGAAAUUCACUAAGAAUACCAUGCUACCCUGUUAUUAAAUGCUGCGCAGCUAGAAUUCAAAUUUGGGAUGCGUUUUUGAAAAACGGAACGUCAUCGUGGGGUUUAUGAACGGAAAACAAAAGACGAUCACGUGAUUCGUUUGUUUGGGAAUGGAACGACGUGUCGAUUGUAAUUGGACGUUCCUGACCAAUUACAAUGGAGCAAUGCUAUUCAACGUUCCAUUUUUGAAAUAUUAAGGGUUUAGAGUCGAGAUUUAGCGCUAAGUAUCACUUGUGUAUGUCAAAAAUGUAUUGUAUAACAUAUGGGAGUGCUAAUUUUCGACUCUCACUCUAUAUGCCCAAUGUAUAUAUUAUUUUGUUAAUAAAUGUACCAGAGAAAUGCUUUUAACCCGCCAAAGGAUCGUGCGAAGUCGGAAUUACUCGGAGGUUUUGAUAAUUAAGGCUCGUCUAGUGUAAUCAUGUUUUAGUUAGAACUGGAUAUAUUGGGCUUGACUGUAUGGCAGUGGGUUCUGUAUAUACUGUGUUAACUUGGGUAAUGUCCUUGCCUUAGCCAAGAAUAUUUAACAAAGGCUCGCGGAAUUUCUUAGAAAGUGGUCACGUGAUCAUUCGCAUCUAAUACUUGUGGAUAUUCUUGGCUAAGGUCCUGCUCGAAGGGGUGAGUUAAAGAUUUAGCGCGAAAUGACUUAUGUCAAAAAAUAAUAUUUUGACAUUAAUUUAGCGCUAAGUCUAUGAUAGCCAUAGACAGCAGUAAUUGAGCAGCUUGAUUUUGGACAAACCUCAUGCCGUGGACACCGCUCUUGACCGUUUUUUUGUUGGUUUGGCAUUUGGAGAGCGGUGGUUGCCGGCUCACUGCGUUCAAUUGCGAUAAUUUUCACUUUAACAGUUUAUUUUUUUCAUGUUAUUAAAGAAAUAUAUAUGCAUUAAUUAUU